AUGUCUGUCAGAACCCUGCGAAUCGGCCUCAUCCCCGGUGACGGCAUCGGCAAGGAGGUCAUCCCCGCCGGCCGCCGUGUCCUCGAGGCUCUCCCCGCCUACCUCGGCCUCAAGUUCGAGUUCACCGACCUCAAGGCCGGCUUCGAGACGUUCGAGCAGACCGGUGCCGCCCUCCCCGACAAGACCGUCGAGGUCCUCAAGAAGGAGUGCGAUGGCGCCCUCUUCGGCGCAGUCUCCUCCCCGACCAACGCCGUCAAGGGCUACUCCUCCCCCAUCGUUGCCCUCCGCAAGAAGCUCGACCUCUACGCCAACGUCCGCCCCGUCAAGACCGUCCUGACCGCUGCCAAGCCCAUCGACAUGGUCAUCGUCCGCGAGAACACUGAGGACCUGUACGUCAAGGAGGAGAAGACCUACGAGGGCCCUAACGGCAAGGUCGCCGAGGCCAUCAAGCGCAUCAGCGAGCGCGCCUCCCACCGCAUCGCCGCCAUGGCCGGCGACAUCGCCCUCCGCCGCCAAAAGAUCCGCGACGCCGGCGCCGCCAGCAUCCACAAGUCGCCCCUCGUCACAAUCACCCACAAGUCCAACGUCCUCUCCCAGACCGACGGCCUCUUCCGCGCCACCUCCAAGCUCGCCCUCUCCGACCCCCGCUUCGCCUCCGUCGCCGUCGAGGAGCAGAUUGUCGACUCCAUGGUCUACAAGCUCUUCCGCCAGCCCGAGGACUACGACGUCAUUGUCGCCCCCAACCUGUACGGCGACAUCCUCUCCGACGGCGCCGCCGCCCUCGUCGGCUCCCUUGGCCUCGUUCCCAGCGCCAACGUCGGCGAGGGCUUCGCCAUUGGCGAGCCCUGCCACGGCAGCGCCCCGGACAUCCAGGGCAAGAACAUUGCCAACCCCAUCGCCACCCUCCGCAGCGCCGCCCUCAUGCUUGAGUUCCUCAACGAGGAGACCGCCGCCGCCAAGAUCUACGCCGCCGUUGACGCCAACCUCGAGGAAGGCAAGCUCCUCAGCCCUGACCUGGGCGGUACCGCCAAGACCGACGAGGUUGUCGAGGACAUUCUCCGCAGACUGUAA